ACGCUAGCCUCGGCCGAUCCGACGAGCCUCGACCGAGGCAACCGAAAAAGUCAGUACUGACGAGUCAGAGGGUGGAGCCAGGCUCAGCCGAGUCGAGUUGUGAAAGAGGAGCCGAAGUUGGCGCGUUGUGUCGCCUAGGCCUGGCCGGCGAGCAUUUGGCCCUGGCUCCUCUGGGCCAGGCCGAACACAGACUUUCGGUGUACGCGCCCCCGGCAACAGCAGCCCUCUCCGACGGCCUCCCUCCUCAGGCCGGCUGCUCUGCUGCCGGCCUCGGCCCCGGAAACUACCUGUCCGCAACCUUGCCCCCUUCCAGCGGGCCGGCCUCCUUGUUUCCUCUGGUCGCCUUGCCAACCGGCGCCCAGCUGCCUCAGUUCGCGAUAGUCGCCGCCGAUCCGGCCGCCAUCAGCGCCCUCCUCACGGGCCAGUUCUCGGCUCGUGCCUUCCUACAACACCUCUCUCAGCUAUCCUCGGCCUUGCCUCGCCAACCCACGCUGGCGCCCUUCGCCCCGCCCCCUCCUCCUCCUCCUCCGCCUCCGCCUCCGCCUCCGCCUCCUCCUGCUCCUGCUCCUCCUCCUGGCCCCGGCGACGGAAUCGCCGUCUCCCUCCGUCCGUCCUCCAGCCCCACCCUCGGUGAGUCGGCUCGCCUCGACCUCCACGACACCAGUCGCCAGGCCUACCAACAGCCCUGCCCCGUGGAGCCCCACCUCGCCCCUUUGAGGCCGCCCUCGGCCCUCCCCGAUCACCUCCUCCUCGUGUUGCCCACCGACAGCUCGAGUCACGCCUCCGACCAGCUGGUGGGCCAGCCUCUGCCGGAGGCAGAAGCCGUCGACUCGGCCACGGCGCCGACUCGUCGCGAGCCCGGCCUCCACACGGAGCCAAGGAGACGGACAUGCGGUGACCCGAAGGCUGCUGGCCCCGGAGAAGCCCAUCCGUCGUCAGGCCGCCAGGCGAGGCCUGGUCUCCGAGGGCCAGACGAGACGUUGGCGGCGGAAGACGACAUCCUCCGACCUCUGCUCGGCCCAGAGCGGACGGCUGUUUCGGACGAAGGUGAAGGCGAAGGCGAGGGCGAGGGCGAGGGCGAGGUCGAGGGUGAGGGUGUUUCAGCCGUCGCCGUCGGGCCAACCGAUACGGGGCAGAUGAGCGGGCAAGUGUCUGAGGCGAAAGCGGCCUGCUCGGCCGGGGGCAAGCGGCGCAUCGGUCCGCCGCCGCGGACGCUCCGCUUUCUGGAGGCGCGCGACCCGAACGCCCACGAGGCGGGUCACGACGAGCGCUGGGUCGGCAACGAGGCCGAGGUCGAGGCCCGCCGGCGCGGCCCCCUCUCGGGACGGCAGCCGCAGAAGUUGGACCCCGCCGCCUUCUUGCAGUGCGACCGGACGAACCGGCAAUCGAGACGCCCGACGUCGACGCAUCCAGUCGCCGAGACGACGGCAGACGAGGCCGAGUCGCCGACGGGCCAGCCGGCCGGCGAAGCGCAGCGCCACGACUCCAUUUUCGACUAUUACCAAAGCCUGCGCCUGUCCGAAAAACACGCCGGCCGUCUGGCCUGUCACCGUGGCGACCACGCGCCCACCAACGGGCUGGCCCGGCCCGCGGCGACACGGCCCUCGGCGCGCCGGCCGCCGCUCAUUCGCGCCUCCACGGCCUCGGCCGAGGCCAACGCGAGUCUGGCGAGUCGGCGAGCCGGGCUCGUCGGCGACGAGGCGACUGGAGAGGCGACGCCGCCGCCGGCGACUCGAAGGACGGGCGACGGCGACUGCGACGGCUACGGCUACGGCUACGGCUACAGCUACGACUAUGGCGACGGCUAUGGCGACGGCGACGGCGACGGCGACGUUGGGACGCGACCUCUGCCGGCGACAGACAGGACACUCAUGUCGGUGGCGGAGCGU